GUGGAGCUACUCCAGUGCAAGAUGAACGAGAUUCAGGAUCUGAUGUUGAAGAUGAAGGAAAUGAGCAGCAUUCUGGAUCCGAGAAUGGAAGUGUAGGGCAUCAUUCAGAGAAUGAACACAGUGAUGGAGAAGAUGAUGGGCAAAUGGGAGAGCCUCAUAUGACAGACUCUGAAAAUGAAGAUAUCCCAAGGCAAAAAGAUAGUGACUCAGAUAAUGAGGAGCCUCCAAAUCACAAUGUAAGUGAUUCAGAAAAUGAAGCAGCUCAUGGAGGGAAAGACAGUGAUUCUGAUACUGAGGACCGUCCAAAUCAGCAUUUAAGUGACUCUGAAAAUGAAGAUGCCUUAAAUCAUCGAGCAAGUGACUCUGAAAAUGGAGAACCUCCCAGGGAUCACAGUAGUGAUUUUGAAAAUGAGGAAUCACACAAGCAGCCGGCCAGCGACUCGGAGAGCGAGGAGCUCCACAAGCAGCCAGCCAGCGACUCGGAGAGCGAGGAGCUCCACAAGCCGCCAGCCAGCGACUCGGAGAGUGAGGAGCUCCGCAAACAGCCGCCUAGUGACUCGGAGAGCGAGGAUGUUUCCAGACACAAACAAGAAAUAGAGUCUGAGGAUAGUGAUGGGGAGGACAGGAAGGAGGACGUGCAGAAUGAUUCUCAUCAUUCGGAUAAUGAACAUGUAAGGGAAGGAUUUCAGGGCUCUGACAGUGAAGAGGAAGCUCCUAAGAGGCGAAAAAUAUCGGACAGUGAUGAAGAAGAAAAAGAGGAGGAGAAGACAGUGAAGAGGAAAACAGCUAUCCUUUCUGAUAGUGAGGAUGAGAAUGAGAAAACACCUGCAAAAAAAGUACGAAUCCUCUCUGAUGUUGAAGAGUCAGACAGUGACGCUGCUUCAGAGAAAUCUGACAAAAGGAAGAAAAAUAUUGUAUCAGAUAGUGAGGAAGAAGAAGAAGAAAGAAAAGAGAAUGCUGGGAAGAAAAAAGAAGAGAAAGAUCUGUUUGGCAGUGACAGUGAAUCUGGAAAUGAACAAGAGAACCUGAUUGCAGAUAUAUUUGGAGAAUCUGGUGAUGAGGAAGAAGAGGAAUUUACAGGUUUUAACCAGGAAGAUUUGGAGGAAGAGAAAGGUGAUGCAGACAUGAAGGAGACAGCAGAUGAAUCGGACUCUGAUGAUAACAUCAAAAGAGGGAAGCACAUGGACUUCAUGUCAGAUUUUGACAUGAUGCUGCAACGAAAGAAGAGUAUGAGUGGCAAGCGUAGACGAAACCGUGACGGUGGAACUUUUAUUAGUGAUGCAGAUGAUGUGGUCAGUGCUAUGAUUGUGAAGAUGAAUGAAGCUGCUGAGGAGGAUCGACAGCUGAAUACACAAAAGAAACCAGCACUAAAGAAAUUAACUUUGCUACCAACUGUAGUUAUGCAUCUUAAAAAGCAGGACCUCAAAGAAACUUUCAUCGAUAGUGGUGUUAUGUCUGCCAUCAAAGAGUGGCUUUCUCCUCUUCCAGACCGAAGUCUGCCAGCACUAAAGAUACGAGAGGAGCUUCUGAAGAUCCUGCAAGAGCUGCCCAGUGUGAGCCAAGAGACCCUGAAGCACAGUGGCAUAGGACGAGCUGUGAUGUACCUCUACAAACACCCCAAAGAGUCGAGACCUAACAAGGAUAUGGCAGGGAAGCUAAUCAAUGAAUGGUCUCGACCCAUCUUUGGCCUUACCUCAAACUACAAAGGCAUGACAAGAGAAGAAAGGGAACAGAGAGAUUUGGAGCAGAUGCCUCAGCGAAGGAGAUUGAGCAGCUCUGGUGGUCAGACUCCCCGCAGGGACCUGGAGAAAGUGUUAACUGGAGAGGAAAAGGCUCUUAGACCUGGAGACCCCGGGUUCUGUGCCCGUGCGAGGGUGCCAAUGCCCUCCAACAAGGACUAUGUGGUCAGGCCAAAGUGGAACGUGGAGAUGGAGUCCUCCAGGCCCGGGACUAUUAAGAGAGGUAUUAGUCGCUUGGAAAAACACAAGAGACGGUUUGCUGAACAGAAACGACUCAGCAAAGUGCAUCGGGCCAUCAAGUUCAGCAUUGAAGGCAACAGGAUGCCCCUGUAGCCAUGACACUCUGCCUUCCCCAAGUUUGAGAGUUCCAGGGGACCUCUAAGAAAGGGGUGAGUCGACUGGACAAACAGAUGCGGAAAUUCACAGAUAUCAGGAAAAAAAGCAGAUCGGCCCAUGCAGUGAAAAUCAGCAUUGAGGGCAAUAAGAUGCCAUUGUGACCCUUCACAGAAUACCCCAUGAUCUCUGCUGUAAGACAAUACACCCAGAGACUCUUUGGAGACCUUUAAAUUUUUUAACAACUUAUUUGGGUUUUAUUGAAUCUUUAAAUUGUUGGUUCAGGUUCUGGUAUAAGAUGUUGUC